AUGGAGGAUCCCAUCUCUAAAAUCUCCAUGGUGCAAUCCUGUUCUCCCACAGACUCUGCAGGGAGCAGUGCUACUGAGGACAGUCAAGGAGGCAAAAGCCCAUCCUCAGGGAAGAUCCUUACAUCAGGCCUGCUGUGUAAAGUGUGUGCUGACACCAGUAGUGGGAAACACUAUGGCAUCUAUGCCUGCAAUGGAUGCAGCGGCUUCUUCAAGAGAAGUGUGAGGCGUAAACUCAUAUACAGGUGCCAGGCUGGCACAGGAAUGUGCCCUGUAGACAAAGCUCAUCGCAACCAGUGCCAGGCCUGCCGACUCAAAAAGUGUCUUCAGGCUGGCAUGAACAAAGACGCUGUACAAAAUGAGCGUCAGCCCCGCAGUACUGCCCAGGUGCGGUUGGAUGCCCUGGACGUGGACACGGAAAAGGAACACCUGGCCACCACCCGGGAGCCCACCUCCUCCUCCACCUGCUCCGUUAUCAGUCGGCCGCUCUUGGGCUCCUCUAUCAGCUCCUCCAUCAGCUCAUCAGGAGCCACCCAGCGCUCCGGCAGCCCGAAGAACGGCCACCGCUUCAUGGCCAGUCUGAUGACAGCAGAAACGUGUGCCAAGCUGGAACCAGAGGAUGUUGAUGAGAAUAUUGACGUUACCAGUAACGAACCAGAGAGGAGCUCUCCAGAGUACAGCACAUCCUUCUACCCCUCUAGCGGCCCAGAGAGUGUGUAUGAGACGUCAGCUCGGUUGCUCUUCAUGUCUGUCAAAUGGGCGAAGAACCUACCUGUGUUUUCACACCUGCCUUUCAGAGAUCAGGUGAUUCUGCUGGAGGAAGCGUGGAGUGAACUGUUCCUUCUGUGUGCCAUCCAGUGGUCCUUACCCCUGGACAGCUGUCCCCUACUUUCUCUCCCUGACCUGUCUCCACCCCAGCAGAGCAAAAACAGUCCCUCUGCUUCAGACCUCAGGAUCCUGCAGGAAGUCUUCAGUCGCUUCAAGGCUCUGGCAGUGGAUCCCACUGAAUUUGCCUGUCUUAAAGCCAUUGUCCUCUUCAAACCGGAGACACGUGGACUCAAAGACCCAGAGCAGGUGGAGAAUCUGCAGGACCAGUCCCAGGUGAUGCUGGGUCAGCACAUCCACACCCUUUACUCCAGCCAGGCUGCCAGAUUCGGGAGACUACUGCUGCUACUUCCCUCUUUACACUUCAUAAGCUCAGAGAGGAUCGAACUGCUUUUCUUCCACCGGACCAUUGGAAACACUCCCAUGGAGAAGCUGCUAUGUGACAUGUUCAAGAACUGA